GGCCUGCCGGCAUUUGGCGCGUAAACAAUGCCCACAGAUGCACAACGCUGGUGCCUCGCACUUAUAGUGCUCGCACUGCCGCCCGCGACCGCUCACCUCACGCGUUCUCUCCGGAGACGCUGGGGCAGCAGCAACCAACUAGACGUCCUGGUUAAGCUCGGCGGCAGCGCUCUGACCAACAAGGCAUCGUUCGAGACGCUGCAUGCCGACAACCUACGCGACUGCUGCGAAAAUAUCGCGCAAAGCGGCAAACGCGUCGCCGUAGUCCACGGCGCGGGAAGCUUCGGCCACUUCCAGGCGCGUGAGCACGCCGUGUCAAAGGGAUCGGGAGACCCAAAGUUUUCCUGGCGCGGCUUUGGGCUAACGCGCUCGUCGGUGUGCAAAUUGAACGGGCUCGUCGUUGACGGGCUGCUCGCGGCAGGCGUCGCAGCCGUGGGGGUUUCGCCCUGCGACGCAUUUGGCGCGACGCGCGGCAGAGGCGUCGUGCCACGCGCAGCGCGGCGCCGCGGCGUCGCCCGCGUCCGCGAACUGCUCGGAACUGGCUGCGUGCCCGCAAUCCAUGGCGACGCUUGCAUAGACGAAAUCCAGGGAGCAAGUAUCCUGUCCGGGGAUACUCUCAUGACGCUCCUCGCGGAAGAAUUGCGGCCGAAGCUCGUCGUUUUUAUCACGGAUGUACCCGGGGUUUUUGACCGCCCGCCGGACGAGCCGGGCGCGACGCUCGUCCCGCGGAUCUCGGUGGGCGCUGGACGAGGCCCCAAAAUCGCGACGUCGACAGCCCUCCACGACGUGACCGGCGGCGUGGCCGCGAAGCUCGAGUCCGCGAUCGCGAUCGCACGUGCUGGAACGCCCGUCGUCGUCGUCGAGGCCGGGACGGCGCACGCGCGAGCAGCGCUCCGCGGCGAGGUCCCCGACGUCUGCACGCUCGUCGAGCGGGCGUCGUCAUCAUAA